AGCGCGCUAGAACUGGAUGGUUACAGUCAAAGGGCGCUCCCGUCGCCUCUUCCUUCCGGGCGCCCCGUACGAACGUGUCCGCGACGUUGUCGCCCCACCGGGCUCAUCCGACUCACGCCGUGACUUUCUCUGUCCCGACCCAACGAAUGCCCCGCCCACCCCGCCUCACCUCUUUCAUGUCACAGAGAGCGCAGAGAAGUAGGACCAGGGCGUUGCCAGUCCGAUAUGCUUGCAUCAAGCGCGCUAGCUAGUCCGCGCUCUGAGUCCUAUCCGAAGCCGCAGUCUCGCCAUCCCUGGCCCAAGACUAACGGCGCUUGUCGCGAGAAGUACAACGCGCCGCCCGAUCACAAGUCCCGCAACGUUCGACAGUCGUCUUGCCUCAAGACAAAGUCUACCCACCAACCGCGGCCCAAAGCCCAAGUAUUCCUCCACACUGCCGCUCGCAACUGGGAACCCUCCCGAACCAACGUCUUUCCAACUAAACGGCCGCCCCACGAUCGCCGGACCAAAAGGAUCACCUCCAAACCAUCAAGCGCCUCAGCGCAUAUAUCCCUCACCGCCCGGCGCAUACAUCCGCCCCGCCGCAGGCCCAGCUUCUCGUACCGAGGCAAGAACGUCUACGGACCUCGCUGCAAAACUACCUUCGAUCGACGUACCACAAGAACAUCCCUGUUGUACUCCUUGGAAGAUCUCGAUCAAUGCUGGCCCGACCUACCCUUAUGUCCCCGCGCACUCGAUCCCGAGAACGCCAACUGGGCCACCUGCCGCAGACGACGCCAAGCUCGACAAGGAAUAGCCCACAGGUUUUGCUCUCAAUCCAGCAAACAAGAUGCUCGGUCGACAAGACCAGAACAAGUUCUCGCCGGCCGCAGGACAAGCGCGGCAAUGACGCGGUUUCGAUGCAAGAUAACAGCCUCUCCGAUCCUUUCGACGUGCACAGCAGAUCUCGACCUGCACAGUUGACGGCGCGACGGGUUCAACAUUGCGGGGCUUCAAUGAUUCCAGAAGCUCGAAAGCUCGACUCCGAACGAGUUCUGCCCGUUGUCCGACGAAGUAUGUGCAUCCCUCUUGCGGCGGCAUACUUGCGUUCCGCUCGUCUGCUCCGGUUGUGUUCAUUCUUGUACGCAGACCGUAGGCUUUCCGGGUAUCUGACCGGUCCUUCCCUUGGUAUCUGCUUGGCUAGUACUCACGUAGACACUAUCAAAUACAAUGUAUUCGUGUUCACAAUGAACCUGUUAUCCU